CUAAACUAAACCUCGGGAACAUCGGAAAGCCGAGCUCUGCGAUAAAGCGGAGGCUGCUUCUCCCCUCUUCCUCCGCUCCGCUCCGCUCCGCUUAGGGUUUAUCCUCUCCUCUUCUCUUCUCCGAAGCUCGUGAAGAAUCUUCGAGAAUAAAUUCUCUCUCAGGUGCAUAAAUGGCGUCGUUGCAGCUCGGUAGCUCCGGAGCGGCGGCGGCGGCGGCGAAGAGGGGAUUGCCUUCGUUUGAUGGCCUCCGCCUCUCUCCGUCAGCGCUGAUGGCUUCGUCUCCGCUCGGAGUUUGCGGCGUGGGGCUCGACAAGAGGUGCUUCAGGGGACUCGUCGUCAAAGCCGCCACAGUUGUAGCUCCCAAGUAUACUUCCAUCAAGCCUUUGGGGGAUAGGGUACUAGUGAAGAUUAAAUCCUCUGAUGAGAAAACCACAGGAGGAAUAUUGCUUCCGACGACAGCUCAGACUAAACCGCAAGGAGGUGAAGUAGUUGCCGUUGGAGAGGGAAGAACUGUAGGCAAGAACAAAGUAGGAAUCAGUGUUCAGACUGGAGCUCAAGUUGUGUAUUCCAAGUAUGCUGGUACGGAGUUGGAAUUCAAUGGCUCCAAGCAUCUUAUAUUAAAGGAGGAUGACAUAGUGGGUAUACUUGAGACUGACGAUGUGAAAGAUCUAAAGCCCCUCAAUGAUCGUGUUCUAAUUAAGGUUGCAGAAGCUGAGGAAAAAACUGCUGGUGGUUUGCUUCUCACUGAGGCAGCCAAGGAAAAGCCUUCCACGGGGACUGUGAUAGCGGUCGGGCCUGGUCCUUUGGAUGAGGAAGGCAACAGGAAACCUUUGACAGUCACUCCAGGAAGCACGGUUCUGUACUCCAAGUAUGCUGGAAAUGAGUUCAAGGGCGCAGAUGGCUCGGAGUAUAUCGCUUUGAGGGCAUCUGAUGUAAUGGCUGUUCUUUCUUGAGCCUUUCUUCGGAGUCGGAUUUAUAGGGUAGGGUUUUUGUGCGAGCGCUCAAAAAUUGGCAAGCAUGUAUAAAGGAAAUACUUGUUUAGUGAAGUCUGAAGCUUUACUGAAUGUUGUUCUGGCUGUUGUAGUUGGUUUCAUGAGCAAUGCAUAAACAAAUAUUUUGCUGAUAUCAAGUCGCUUAGGUCUUUGGUGA